GUAGUUGUCUCUCGAUUACAUGUGACUUCAAUCAUGUAACAUCCAAACACAUAUGCUGCAAUAAUUUUGGAAGAGAUCAGGAGCUUUUAUCAUAGGGGUAGCUCUAAGGAGAGAAUUGGUUGUGAUAGGUACUUUUGGAGUGACCUAAUACUAUCAACAACGUCACCACACUUUCCAUUCUUCUAUCUCGGUACUGGUGGCGAUUUUGUCUUGUAGGCUUCGGUAAACGAAUAAGUUUAGCGACAUAGUGCAGCUUGUAGGACUAAAUGACCCUCAAGCAAAUCGUUUAAAUAUCUACAGACACACUCUAUGUGCUCAUUUCAUUUGUAGGAUCUAUGCUUUGAAUAACAAGAGGGAUCCUUUUUCUCUCUUUAAGCCGUGGUGAAUCUUUAGGACGAUGUAAAAUUUGUUUUUGCUGAUUACAUGUGUGCAUACAAGAUGAGCGACUUAACAUCUGGCGCAUAACCUUCGGCUAGGGUGUUUCAGUGCUUCGAGCAAAUCAUUUAGAGUUAGAAUGUUUAUAUUUAUCCUAUUCCAUUUCUCUUACACAGGAGUUUAAAUACGAAGAUUUUCGUCUCAGGGUAUGGACCUGAAAGACGGACGAAUCCAGGUCAUUUAGAAGAUACAUUCUAUCCAAAUAGUAUCACUGCAGUGUUCUAUUUUGAUCUCUUUCUGCAUACUAAUCUUCAUUUCUUUCGAUACAUCAUUAUUUUCAGAUUUUUCCAUACAAUUAUAAAUAAAAUUGAAACUAUCUAACAUCUAAACUUGAAAAAAUAAAUACAACAAGAUGUCCCAAAUGGAACACAACUUGAAACUAUCUGUCUUCGGCUCUCUACCUGAGCACCGUGCCAAUCGUAUCAUUUGCACUAUUGGCCCCGGCACACAGAGCACAGAGGCACUCAAAGGGCUUAUUCAAAGCGGCAUGUCUGUGGCUCGCAUGAACUUUUCUCACGGUUCACAUGAGUACCACCAGAUUACCAUCGAAAACGUUCGCAAGGCUUCAGCAGAGCUUGGCAUCAAUAUUGGAAUUGCUCUAGACACAAAGGGCCCUGAAAUCCGAACUGGUCUGUUUGUAGGGGGCCAGGCGGUGAUGGAGAACGGCGCCACGUGCUUUGUUACGACCGACCCCGCGUUUGCUGAGAAUGGGACCAGGGACAAGUUCUACAUUGAUUUCCCCCAGUUGCCUCAAGUGGUGAGGCCAGGCGGUUUUAUUUACGUCGAUGAUGGUAUUCUGAUUCUCAAGGUUGUGUCCUAUGAAGACGAGCAUACUUUGAGAUGCAUUGUGACUAACUCACACACUAUAUCAGACCGCCGUGGUGUGAAUUUGCCUGGGUGCGACAUCGAUUUGCCAGCUGUUUCUGAGAAGGAUUUGUGUGAUUUGCGUUUCGGUGUAGAACAGGGUGUCGACAUGGUUUUUGCUUCCUUCAUUCGCACGGCUAAUCAGGUUGAUGAGGUGCGCGAGGCGCUGGGUCCCAAGGGCAAAGACAUCAUGAUCAUCUCCAAGAUCGAAAAUCACCAAGGUCUCCAGAACAUCGACGCGAUUAUCGAGCACAGUGAUGGCAUCAUGGUCGCGCGUGGAGACUUGGGUGUCGAAAUCCCCGCAGAAAGGGUUGUUGUCGCACAGAAGAUUAUUAUCAGUAAAUGUAACUUGGCUGGAAAGCCUGUAAUCUGUGCGACGCAGAUGCUUGAGAGCAUGACGUACAAUCCAAGACCGACUCGUGCAGAAGUCUCCGACGUGGCUAACGCUGUUUUUGAUGGCGCCGACUGUGUGAUGCUCUCGGGCGAGACGGCUAAAGGCAAGUACCCUAACGAAGUGGUACAAUACAUGGCACGGAUCUGCCUCGAGGCCCAAAGCGCGACUAACCACUAUGUCACCUUUAACAGUAUUAAGGAAUUGCAGCGUAUCCCGAUGAAGGUGGAGGAGGCCGUGUGCAGCAGCGCCGUUAACUCAGCAUAUGAAGUUCAGGCAAAGAUGAUGUUAGUGUUGAGCAAUACGGGCAAGAGUGCGCGUCUUAUCGCCAAGUACCACCCUGCUUGUCAAAUAAUUUGCGUAACAAGCCGCCUGCAGACUUGUCGACAGCUCACCAUUACCUACGGCAUUGAGAGCGUCUUCUUUGAUACUGAGAAGUUCAGUGAGGAUGUCGAUAAAGAAAAGCGUGUUGAGACGGGAAUAGAGUUUGCCAAGAAAAUGUCUUACGUAAAGGAAGGCGAUUAUAUUGUAGUGGUGCACGCUGAUCAUCUGGUAAAGGGAUACGCUAACCAGACGCGUAUUAUGCUUAUCCACUAA